UGCUGGAUACCGAUUCCAUGAUGGGAACUACGGGUAUUAACGCGACCACGCAGGCUAUGGCAUGAGCCACGGCUGAAACGGAAUGCAGCUUUUUUCGCGACCGUUGAUCGCAUCUUAACUGAUUCUCACUUGGAUGUUAAUUUAUUUAUUUUUUACAGGGACCAGUGUACCUCCCCUUAUGCAUUUUCUAGCUGUACUGAUACACUACAGUGAACCCUUCCUUCUGCUGUGUAUAUCAAUGCAUUUCGUAUCACCGUUUCUUCCAAUAACCCAUGCCUCUGAGCAACCCGCCUCCCUCCGCUUUAAAAUAGAUGGUGCAAGUGAAAAUGUCCAAAUCUUCCGCAGGUCCCCUGUCUGGCGCUGAAACCGGCUCACAGGCGCAUUAUUUCCAGCUGCCCAGAAAGCUUCCCAAACGCAAAAGCCGCUUCAAACGUUCAGAUGGCAGCACCUCUUCGGACACCACGUCCAGUUUCAUCAAGAGACAGGGUUCAGCCGAUUCGUACACAAGUAGACCCUCGGAUUCCGACCUGUCCGCGGAGGAGGACCGCGAGGCGUAUCGGCGUGAAGCCGAGCGCCAGGCCCAGCUGCAGCUCGAGAGAGCCAAGACCAAACCAGUAGCAUUUGCCGUGAAAACAAAUGUGAGUUACUGUGGGGCACUAGAUGAAGAUUGUCCUGUCCAAGGUGCUGCUAUUAACUUCGAAGCCAAAGACUUUCUACACAUUAAAGAGAAAUACAACAAUGACUGGUGGAUCGGGAGGCUAGUUAAGGAGGGGGCGGACAUCACGUUCAUUCCCAGCCCCCUCCGCCUGGAAGCCAUGAGGCUCAAACAGGAACAGAAACAGCAGAGGAAAACUGGAGGAAACUCUUCUUCCAGUCUGGGUGACAUGGUUGGAGGUUGGAGGCCCACCCCCCCUCCUGUGGCCAAACAGAAGCAAAAGCAGAUGGAACACGUUCCGCCCUAUGAUGUAGUGCCCUCCAUGAGGCCUGUGGUUCUGGUUGGCCCUUCGCUGAAAGGCUACGAGGUGACUGAUAUGAUGCAGAAGGCGCUCUUUGACUUCCUCAAGCACAGGUUUGAAGGCAGGAUCUCCAUCACGCGGGUAACUGCUGACCUUUCUCUGGCCAAGAGAUCCGUCCUCAACAAGAGAGCCAUCAUGGACCGGUCCAAACCUGGUUUGGCUGAGGUCCAGAGUGAGAUUGAAAGGAUAUUCGAACUGGCUAAGACCCUGCAGCUGGUGGUGCUGGAUGCUGACACCAUUAACCACCCCGCCCAGCUUGCCAAGACCUCCCUGGCCCCCAUCAUUGUCUACGUCAAGGUUUCCUCGCCAAAGGUCCUGCAAAGGCUGAUAAAAUCUCGGGGGAAGUCUCAGAGCAAACACCUCAACGUGCAGAUGAUGGCAGGGGACAAGCUGGCACAGUGCCCUCCCGAGAUGUUUGAUGUCAUUCUGGAUGAGAACCAGCUUGAAGAUGCCUGCGAACACCUGGCUGAAUACCUGGAGGUCUACUGGCGUGCUACUCACCUGCCUGGCUCCGCCCCUUUGAACCCCCUGUUGGAGCAAAACCUGAUGACCCCGCCCUCAGCUAUCUCCAGCUUACAGGACCAACAGCUGCUUUCGGGUGGGGGGGUCAGGGGGGCGGAGGAGGAAGAGGAGGAGGAGGAAGAGGACCUGGGGGACCCUCACUCCCCCGUGGAGCAGGACAGCCUCAUGCCCUCCGACGAGGCCAGCGAUUCCCUGUCUCAGGGGGGGAGGGGGGGCUCGCGGCGCCGUCGCCCUGCCGAGGAAGAGGAGGAAGAGGAGGAGGAAGAGGAGGAGGAGGAAGAAGAGGAGGAGGAGUACGAGCCCCACCGCCACACCCACGCUUACCGCGACAUGUACCCGCCGCUCCGCAGCCACCCCGCCAACGUUCACAGCGCCAACGGGCACGAGUCCCAGGACCGGCUGCUGCAGCGGGACACCCAGCAGAGCCACAACCAGCGCAAUAACCGCCAGCGUACACGCCCCUGGCCACGGGACAACUACUGA